CUCGCGCUCGUCCUCGCCGCCGCCCACCCCGCGCGCGCGAUCCAGCACGAGUGCAGCGCGUGCAAAGCCGUCGCGCGCGAGCUCUACCAUCGUCUGCUCGACGAGGGCGACGUCGACGGCAGGCCGGCGGUCGACCUUCGCCAUAGGUUGGACCCGCGCGGGAACCGCGUGGGGAAGGUCGUGCCGUACGUCCAGAGCGAGCUGCGCGCGUACGACGUCCUCGACGGCCUGUGCGACGGGAUGAAGGACUACGGCGUCGGCGUCCUCGCGAGCACGCGAGAGGAGGGGUGGGUGAAGCUGCAGGGCGAUCGCAGGCAGACCGUGGAGGCGGACGGGAAGAGGUUGACGGGGUACUGCGGGAGCGUCGUGGACGAGAGGGAGGAGGUCGUCGUGAGGGCGUUGAUGGACGGCACGAUGCGCGUCGGC